GCAGUGGUGUUGUCCAGGGGGCCCCUGGGUUGGUGUCUGCCCCCCCAGGGUUCUCCAUGCCCUCCGUCCCUCCCCCCUCUGUCCCCGGACAGCCAGCGGGUGAGACYGGGAGCCCCCUCCCCAACCCUGGUACCUAUGAGGAGUGUCAUCGCAAGUGCAAAGAGGUGUUCCCCAUCCAGAUGGAAGGAGUGCGACUGGUGGUCAACAAGGGCCUGAGUAAUCACUUCCAGGUCAGUCAUACAGUCACUCUCAGCACCWUGGCUGAAUCUGGCUACCGGUUUGGUGCCACCUACGUGGGCACUCAACAGACAGGACCUGCUGAGUCCUUCCCAGUCAUGGUGGGAGACAUGGACAACACUGGUAGUCUGAACGCCCAGGUUAUCCACCAGCUCACCAGCGCUGUGCGCUCUAAAAUAGCCAUCCAGACUCAACAGCACAAGUUUGUGAACUGGCAGUGUGACAUGGAGUAUCGUGGUGAUGACUUCACCUCUGCUGUUACCCUGGGCAACCCAGACGUCCUCCUCGGCUCUGGUAUUAUCGUGGCUCACUACCUCCAGUCCAUCAGUCCAGCCCUGGCGUUGGGAGGAGAGCUGGUCUACCACCGGAGGCCUGGGGAGGAGGGAGCAGUCACCUCCCUAAUGGGCAGAUACACAGGCAAUAAUUAUGUUGCCACAUUGACUCUAGGAGGUGCUGGUGCUCAUGCAACGUACUACCACAGAGCCAAUGACCAGCUGCAGCUGGGGGUGGAGUUUGAGGGCAGCAUGCGGACYCAGGAGACCUCAGUAUCGUUUGGGUACCAGCUGGACCUCCCUAAAGCCAACCUGCUCUUUAAAGGUUCGGUAGACAGUAACUGGGUGGUGGGGGCGGUCCUGGAGAAGAAGCUGCUGCCUCUGCCUCUCUCCUUGGCCCUGGGAGCCUUCCUUAACCAAAAGAAGAACAAGUUCCAGUGUGGCUUCAAUGUCACCGUCGGCUAGACCUCCACAGACCUCCUCCAGCCGCCUCCGACACACUGGGCCAUGCUUGGACCAGCACAGACACACAGUCCUGGGCUUGUCAUGUAUGUAUCUACUGGAUUCAGAGACUCUCCUAUAACUGUCAAUUGUGGGGCAGAGUGAGUGAGGGGGUUACUCUAUACCAAGGAGCCAGGCCUACAUAUUGUAGCACAAGUCUAUUUCCUUCUGGUAUAUAUGUGAUACCCAACGAAUAGAGAGCAUCAGGUGAUGCAGUCCAACAUGUGAUUAGACAAAUAUUGUCACUGUCUGAUAACCGCAUCGCAAUUUCCAAACAAUACAGAAACUUAAGGGAAAAAAAUAGGGCUAUAUUUUACUGUUAACGAAUAUAUAGUUACUGAACUUCAGAAGCAUUUUGAAUACAUUUUCUUGGUCCUAGAGUCAUGAAAUGUUCAGAGUACACUGAGUGCAGUUACUGCUUUCAAUAUAUGUAAUAGAAAUUGGCAGAAAUGGAGUUGAGGUUCACCAGACCGUGACAAUAUGAUUAUGAAAUGCAUUUAGAAUCAUAAAUAAACUACUUUUGUAUCUUU